UCUACAGUGGAGAGCAUUUGCUGGGUCAGAGGAAUCCAUUUUUGACAAAUGGCUUCUUCAUCGACCUUCACGAUUGCUCGGGUGUCAAAUUCUUCUACUUCCACAGCUUCAACACAACCACCAAUUCAUUCAGUUACAGUUGUAGAAUCUUCACCUCCCACAGCUUCACCAUCCCCACCUUCACUCACCCCUCCCCUUCCAUCUCUUAAUUCUUCUCCGCCACUGUCAUCAGCUAGCAGGUCCCCUCAUCAGCCUCUACCAUCACCUCAAGAUGAACAUUUAUCUCUAUCACCACCAUGGCAGACAGUCACUACAGCACCUUCAUCUCUUACCCCCAAUUUUAUGAGGAGCUCACCUAAGGCCAAGCAUAAUGGUCAUGUAAAUGUGCAAUUCAUUGCUGGCGUUGCAGUUGGUGUAGGGUUGUUUUUUGUUUUGAUGACCAUUUUGUGCAUCUGUUUCUGCAAGCAAAAGAAGAAACCACACAACUCAAUGAAGUACUAUGCUGAUCCAUCUGGACUUAAAGACAGUAUGUAUUACUCCAGUGGACUACCCCCAAAAUGGCACAAUGGAAAACAAGGGAUGGCUCAUGGUGUGAAGGUUCAACCACCACCCGGUAUGCAUAGUCAGUCUGUUGGUGGAUGGCACCUACAAUCAACCGCCACAAUGCUUAGCAGCGGUGAGAUUAGCUCCGUCUUCUCUGGCCAACAAGCCCCUCUGCCACCUCCAUCUCCUGCUUUAGCCUUGGGUUACAACAAAAGCACCUUCACCUAUGAGGAGCUUGCAGCUGCCACCAAUGGUUUCUCUCAGGCCAACCUCUUGGGGCAGGGCGGCUUUGGCUAUGUGCAUAAGGGAGUGUUGCCAAAUGGAAAGGAUAUUGCUGUUAAGUCUCUCAAGUCUGGAAGUGGGCAGGGUGAACGAGAGUUUCAAGCUGAGGUUGAUACUAUUAGUCGUGUUCACCACCGUCAUUUGGUUUCCCUUGUUGGAUACUGUAUAGCUAGAUCACAGAGAAUGCUUGUCUAUGACUUUGUUCCAAAUAAGACUCUUGAAUACCACCUCCAUGGGAAGGGACUUCCUGUAAUGGAGUGGUCCACCAGACUCAAGAUUGCAAUUGGAUCAGCUAAGGGCAUUGCUUACUUGCAUGAAGACUGUCAUCCAAGAAUUAUCCAUCGUGAUAUCAAAUCUUCUAACAUCCUACUAGAUUUCAAGUUUGAAGCACUGGUUGCUGAUUUUGGUUUGGCAAAGUUUUCGUCGGAUGAUCACACACAUGUCUCAACCAGAGUCAUGGGAACAUUUGGAUAUCUAGCACCAGAGUAUGCAUCCAGUGGCAAGCUAACUGAGAAAUCUGAUAUUUUCUCUUAUGGGGUGAUGCUUCUCGAACUGAUAACUGGGAGACGACCAGUUGAUAGCUCACACACAUUUAUUGAAGAUAGCUUAGUGGACUGGGCAAGACCAAUUCUUUCUCGAGCAUUGGCUGAUGGGAACUAUGAUGAUGUGUCUGAUCCUCGUUUGAAUGGUAAUUAUGACCCCAUGGAGAUGGCGCGUAUGAUUGCAAGCGCUGCUGCUUGUGUUCGUCAUUCUGCUAGGCGGCGCCCAAAGAUGAGUCAGAUUGUUCGGGCAUUGGAGGGCGAUGUAUUACUUGAGGAUUUGAAUGAGGGGAUGAGGCCGGGGCUGAGCAUGCUUUACAGCUCGGGCUCAGACUAUGAUUCUGACUUGUAUGCACCAAACAUGAGGAGAACUAGAAGGGUAGCACUUGCCAGCCCUGAGUACAGUGGAGAGUAUAGUGGCAUGAUCGCUGAGUAUGGGCACAGCCCCCAACCCUCAGCUUCCAGCAGUGAGGGAGCAUUCUCCGACGAGCUUAAUCCCAUCGGCAACAGGCACAUAUUACCAGGGCUUUGAGCUUUCAGUGUUAAAUCAAGUUUUCUUGAUAUUUCUGCUUGUGCCAUCUAAUGCUGACAUUAAAGGCUUCAGUUUUCUUUACUAUUCAUUUUUGUGUUUAUAUUAAUGCUUUAUGUUUGUUUUAUAUUUUCUCAGUGGAGAAGAAAUUUAUAGAGGAAAACAUUGAAGGAGUUGGGGCCAUGCUUCAUGUCUUUUGAAGUAUUUUUCUGAACCCUUUCCCCCUGUUUUUGUUGUUGAAGUAUAGUUUUUGUUGUGUUUGUUGAGUCUUAUAGAUUGGGCAGUAUCUCAAUGUCUAAAUACAUAUUUUUUCAAGGUUAGAGAUAAUUAAA